GUUGCCAUGGACUGCGAAAUGGUCGGCGUUGGACCCCACAGAUUUUCAGUGCUAGCCCGGGUUUCCAUUGUCAACUUAAGAGGGGAUACUAUUUUUGACUCUUAUGUUCGAGUCGACGAAAAAGUGACUGACUAUCGGACCUGCGUUUCAGGAAUUCGGCCUGAAAAUCUCAAGUCAGAGAAAGCCAUUGCCUUCGGGAAGUGUAGGGCGAAAGUUAUGCAAGUUCUGAAAGGAAAGAUCUUAGUGGGACAUGCACUUAAAAACGAUCUCAAAAUCCUCAAUCUACAUCACCCUUGGUACAAUACUCGUGAUACCUCCAUGUAUGGACCGUUCAUGAAGAUGUCGCACAAGGGGAUUUGGAAACCCCGCCGUUUAUCUGAGUUGACUCGAGUAGUUCUAGAUACUAGUAUUCAGCAGAAAGAGCACUGCUCCGUGGAAGACGCUCGGGCGGCAAUGAGUCUUUACUGCUCUGUUAGAGACGAGUGGGAU